UUCUUCAAAAUCUUUGGCUAUUCGACUCGUUAGUCAAAAUCUUCGUGGUUCCGAUUCAAAUGAUGAAUAUUUCAGAAAACUGCCGCAGGUCUAUCUUAUCCCUCAUCAAGGUUCAUCAUCCUCAACCUCAGAUGGUAUCCUUAAAGUUUUUCAAAAGGCGCAAAAUUAUCAGGAAACGAGUUCUAAAGAAUUUCCUGUAAUAAGUGUGGUUCUGCUUGAUGAAGUUGGAUUAGCCGAAACCAGUCCUUUUAAUCCAUUAAAAGUAUUACAUUCUUUGCUUGAACCAAGUUACCCUUCAGAAGGGCCGACCGUUUCUGUGGUUGGAAUUUCUAAUUGGAGACUAGAUAAUAGUAAAAGUAGUAGAGCCUUGUUAGUUCAAAGGCCCAAAUUUGACCUUGAAGAUCUUGUGGACACGGCUGUCCGCCUUCUCUAUUCAAAAACAAAUGGGCAAAUUUCAAAAGCGUCACUUCAACCAUUAGCUUCUGCUUAUUUAGAUUAUGAGCAAAAUGGUCAAUCGUUCCCGAAUUUCCAUGGACUUC